ACUCGCGACAGCCCGUCGCCCCCAAAGUAAGCACGCGCAUCAGUCACCGCGCACCGGUCAACGAGCAAGAGCUCCUAAAUCCCGAUUUCCCCUCCCAUCGCUCCUUGAUUUUGCUUUUGCUUCAUCAGUCACUGGGAGGACUGGCUCAUCUCUUUCUCGUUGGUUUCAUUUGCAGUUGCAGCUUAACCCGGAGCAGGUGCCACACAGCGCUAGAUGCGUGCACUUCUUCUCUAGAUGUGUGAUUUUGGUUUGGGGAAAUCACCCAAUAACGAUUUGGCACAGCAUGACUUUUUAAAGGGACUAUAGGCUGUGUCUGUGUGGAAGGCAAACAAUUUUUUCCUCCCAGGCGGAAGUGUUUGUGCAAUUAGAAAGUAUAAAAUGGGCAGCAAAGCUAGCAAAUAUGAAAACCUGGAGAGUAUGUUACACGACCAGAGUUCUGAACCGCACAAACUGCCAUUUAAGUAUUUGAAAAAGAUCACAAAUAGCUUCUCUGAUGAGCGUGUGCUUGGUAGAGGCGGUUCAGGUGUCGUCUAUAAGGGGGAACUACGUAAUGGAAAAGCAAUUGCUGUGAAGAAGCUUGAGCGAUCAUUGCCGGGCUUUGAGAAGCAGUUCACAAAUGAGGUGUACCAUUUUAUGAAGCUUAAGCACCCAAAUAUUGUGCGCCUUUUAGGCUAUUGCUACGAAACACAUAAUGUUUGUGUAAAGCACAAUGGGAAAUACGUUUUUGCUGAGAUGUCAGAAAGGCUGCUUUGCUUGGAGUAUUAUCCAAAUGGAAGCCUUGAUCAAUAUCUUUCAGAUGAAUCUUCUGGACUUGAUUGGCCCACACGCUACAAAAUAAUUGAGGGGAUUUGUUAUGGUUUAUAUUAUCUUCAUGCGGAAACUGAUACUCCUGUCCUUCAUUUGGACCUAAAACCUGCCAACAUAUUGCUCGACGAUGAUAUGUUGCCGAAACUUACAGACUUCGGUCUGUCAAAACUCCUCGAUCAACAACAAACUAUUUGCACUUCAAGUCGUGAUGGGACACUCGGUUACAUGGCACCAGAAUACCUACAUGGAGGUAUAGUCACGACCAAGUCAGACAUAUUCAGUUUGGGAGUAAUAAUCAUGGAGGUAAUAAGAGGAGACCGGGACUACCCAGGACUUACUGAAACGUCCUCUGAGGAAUUUACUGAGCUUACCCUUAAUAAAUGGAGAAAUGCAUUGGGGAAAGCACCUGGCUCUACAUCGCUAGAAGUAGACUGUCAACAAAUAAAAAGAUGCAUUCAGAUAGGUCUAUUGUGUGUGAAUCCUGAGCGAGCCAGAAGGCCAACGACAACCAAAGUUAUGAAGAUGCUUCAAGGAAUGUCAGAGAUAUACCAGAUUUCAACCACUGACAUGGGAGAAGCUUGCUCCCAGAUGGACCUAACUGCCAUCCAUCAGAUUCUAGUCUUGAAGCACUACAAAGAUGAUGAAAGGGCUGGUAAUGAGCUAUCUUUCCAAGAAUGGACACAAGGUAUACAAGAUACCCUGAACAUAAAGAAAAGGGGUGAUAUUGCAUUUCGGGACGAAGAUUUUGAGGCAGCCAUAGAUAACUAUACCCAGUUAAUUGGUGUUAUGGUAAUCCCGUCAGUAACUGUCUUUGCCAGACGUAGCUUUUGCUACCUUAUGUCUGACUCUGACCAAUCUGCUGCUGCCCUCCGGGACGCGAUGCAAGCACAGGCUACCUUUCCGGAUUGUCCCACAGGUUUGUACAUGCAGUCAGUAGCCCUAACAAGGCUAAACCUGCAUAGUGAUGCCACGGAAAUGUUGAAUCAGGCGUCACAGCUAGAAGUCAAGUGGAUUCAGAAAUCUGAAGAUCAAGAAAUGGAGAGACAAAAGAAGUCGAAUGAUGCAAGUCAUAGCGAUGGGGGCGAAACUUUCAGUUUUCCUACCAUCCUUUUGAAUUCCUAAAAUUACAUGAAUGAGUAUUGUAUGGUAUACGGUGUCAUGCAUAUCUUGCGUGUAGGAGUACCAGAAAGUUGUUUUGUCACCUUUUGGUCGUGUUGGUGUAACAUCCCAACUUUUCUAGAAUUUUGGAAUGUUUAAUUAACUAAAUAAGUUGAUUGAUUUGCUUU